AGUGAUCCGCCCUAGCAUAGGUGCUGACCUAUGAUUUGCAUAUUGCUUAGUGCAAAUACGCGCAUGCUCAGUGCGAAAUUGUUGGUGAAAACCAAAUGACGGAUGUCUGGCGUACUCUUUGAUGAACAAGAGGUUUACCAACCGUUUCGAGAUCUGACAUCAUCUCACCAUGCCUGGCAUGUGGCAUGAUUCCGAGUAUCUCAGCGUGAACAGCGAUGAUGUUUAUGACGAAACGGGAUUGGACGAACUCGACCGCUUCAUUGCCGACAAUGAUGACAGCCCCACUGACCAGUCGUUCAGACAGAGGUUCAACCUCAACCUCACCCUCCCGACGAGGUCGCGGAUUCUCACGUCGAGACCCUGCGCCAUCCUCGGCUCGCUGUUCGUCAUUUUCAGCGUCACAGCCGUCAGCGUCGGCUUGGGCUACUACACGUGGAAGAUCCGCAAACCGGAGAUCGUGCUGGACAAGUCUAUUGAAGCCUUCAACAUUCCUAACCACAAGGCCUACAUUCACUUCGACGCCUUCAUUUUGGCGAGACGGUACAAUUCGACUCGGGGGCGGUAUAGACGGGAUUUGAGUCAUAUACGAGAGCCGGAGUCGUUACGAGAACCGGGAUCGUUACAGAAAUCGGGAUUGUUACGGGAUUUGUUACGUCAAGAGCCGCAUUCGGUAUCGCGGGACCAGCUUUUCGAUAAGCUUGUACAGAAUGGAUUCGUGACACAGGAAGGAGCCGAGAAUGAAGCAUACAUAAAAAGGUUGUUCGGUAAUAAUAUCAAUAAGGAUGUACUGUAUCAUCGCAGAAAUCGCCGUAGUUCGAGUAAGUGCGCUCUUGGCUUUCAGAUAUUUCCUCGAUGGAAGAUGCAGGUGAUAUUUCUCGCUCAAGGAAGUGCCGACCCUAACAUGUUUACGAAAGAACGCCUAGUGACGGUGCAUCAUGUUGAGAAAAAAAUCAUCUCCCACCCUAGAUUCCCCGACUUCUGUCUUAAACUGAGAGACGAUGGAAAUUUGGAUCCAGCGGUAAAAGCUAAUCGAGGUUGUGCCCCGCUGAAUUCUCUGAUGACGUAUUUUUUCCCAUCGGAGGAUAACCAUGGAGCGGUUUAUUUUGACGGACUGGGAAACAACAUCAUCGACAUCCACAGUGCCUUGAAGUUGGCAAUGAACCACAACACAUUCUACUACUACGUGGAUGAGAAGAUCAACCGCACCUACCACCACAGCAAGCUGAUUCGCACCGAGGUCGUGUUUGGAGAACCGCUGCCAGGUUUCUGUGUUGGAUAUGGAACGUAUGGGAGAAAGGAGCAGGAGAAACUGUUCAAGGAAUUCAUCAUAUCCUACAUAGACGUCCUGAAGAAAACCUCCACUGAUAAAGUCCGAGUGCUGUUUGGGGGUAACGAGCUGUUUGACUACGAGGUAGAGACGACAUUCUGGAGUGACAUGAAGAUGGCCCUCAUCACCCUCGUCGCCAUCGUCAUCCUCAUGCUCGUCCUCACGUCCUUCUCCAUCUGGCUGACAGCAUGUGGCAUCAUCAGCAUCCUCCUCAGCUUCCCACUGGCCAUCUUCUUUUACAGGGAGGUCUUCAGCAUCAACGCACUGGGCAUACUCAACGGAGCAGCAGCAUUCGUUAUCAUUGGGAUCGGCGUUGAUGAUAUUUUUGUAUUUGUGAACAUCUUCCACCAGUCGGCCCACAUGAAGUGUAUCGGCCAGCGUAUGAAGCACACCGUCCUCACGGCCGGGAAGGCAACGUUUUUCACAUCGGCCACAACGGCCGCAGCAUUUGCAGCCAACAUCGCAUCGUCUAUCCCUGCUGUGUACGAGUUUGGUCUGUUUAUGUCGCUAAUCGUGAGUAGCUGCUGGAUAACCGUGGUGUUGAUGAUGCCGCCUGCCCUCUACAUCUGGCACUGCAGUUUCUCCGUCUGUGAGCGCUACUGUCUUCUCUUCCUACACUGUCGUCAGAGGACCACUAUAACGGAACCCCUAGAUUCUCACGAGGAAGCCGACAUCGUCCAGACAACGACCGAUGCAACCGACGUCCCUGACGAUGACGAUGUGCCACUCAUUCAAAUGGAAACACCAGCGAUUGCGGAUGACAACAGUGAUGACGUUCCACUGCUGGUUCCCGAUCCGUACCAGGAAGACCCGGUCGACCACACUGAGUUCCUGGGCAACUCGGACCGCUUCAAUAUAGGAAUGUACCUGCAACUAGCUCUCACUAAAUACUUUGCUAGAGGAGUCAUAAAAGCAAGGUGGUUUAUUAUAGCAUUCUUUGGCAUCCUGUUCAUCAUAGCGAUCGGCUUGAUGAUGCAGCUCCACCCGGCGACGAAGCCGCCCCAGCUAUUCCACCCGAACACCAACCUGCAGGAACUGCUCGACCUGAAGGCCAACUUCAGCAUCAUCGACACCCUCAAGUGUGACAAGUGCUCCGCCUACUUCAGUGAAGGAAAAGUGAAAUCAACCACCGCUCCACAUUCAUCAAUAACAAAAAUGGCGUCAUUACGUCCAGUGUUUAACAGAUCAGCAACGACAGCAACAACAACUACUACAACUACUACAACUACAACUACCACACUACCACCUUUGUUCAGUCGUUCUUGGACUUCAGCAACAACAUCUGGACGUAGCACUCGAAAACCGAUGUCGACUCGGAAACACACAACAUCAUGGAAGCAGCAACAGAAUUUUCAUCCCCGGUUUUCACCAACGUCAUCUUCAGACCAUGACAAUCCCCACUCCACAGCUGAUGUGGUUGAACCCAUGGCGGAGGACUUCAAUGCAUGCAAGAACCGCGACUGCAGCAACCUGAAGGACCGGCCACUGCUGCAAACCGGAACUGUCGUCUACGUCGUGUUUGGAAUAAAGACGCUCGAUCGCAGUCAGUUAACGGCGGGACACGUCAUCAGUGAAUACAAGGGUAAAGUUGUAUUUGAUGAGAGUUUUGAAAAGAACUCCAUAUCGAAGAGCGUGCUGCGAGACCUGUGUCGGAUCUGCAAGCUGAUAGCCGCCAAUUCGGAGCUAGUCAGAAAUGGAACGGCACACUGCAUACCAAAAAUGAGUGGGGUGAACAUUGAACGGCUGAUCAUGAAUGACAUUGAAGAGUGUCGCAACCUGCCCCAUGCUGAGGCCAUUCACCUGCAGAAAGACCCGAUACGUGCGGCUGGUGGCUUUAACGGCACGCACAUUCUCUGGCUGGCUUUUGCCUUUGAGUCGACGACAAUGAAAGGUCAGUCAUAUUUCACGGCGUAUGGCCAGUAUCAGAAGUGGGAGAAUUUCCUUGAUUACAUACGAGAAGAAAAACUGGAGGGAGAUUCCCCACUACAGUCAAUGUUCCAGGCUUCCAAGUUUUGGAAGAAGGUUUUAAUGGAAGUUGUUGCAGUUAGCAGUGCCAUCUAUGGGCUUGUAUUGUCACUUAUCAUCUGCAUCAUCGCCAUUGCGAUAUUCACUGGCAAUAUUUUACUUCUCUUUAUCAUCGUAGCAACAAUAAUAGUGAUGAUCUGUGUGGUUGUGGCAAUAUUCUACAUCUCUGGGUGGGAGAUGGGUGCUGUGGAGGCCGUGUCUCUAUCCAUUUUAGUCGGGUCAUCCGUCGACUACUGCGUACACCUGGUGGAAGGCUAUCUCUUAGCAGGACAACACUUACCACAGCAACUAAGUGAACAGUCCAACUCAAGUCUACGUCAGCGUCGCACAUCGCUGGCCAUCCGUCACAUCGGCGUGGCGAUCGUGAGCAGUGCCAUAACGACGAUCAUCGCGGCCAUCCCGCUAACCCAGACGACGAUCCAGCCGUUCUCCAAGUUUGGCGACAUCGUGCUCAUCAACACGUCAGUCUCGAUCAUCUUCACACUCACCCUGUGCACCGCCCUGCUCAGUGCCAUCGGGCCGCCACGCUUCAUGAGCUCCUGGAGGUCGUCGGGCAUCGCCCUGGUGAUAACUAGCGUCACGGUCGGCGUCAUAACGCUUGCGCUGUUCGUAGUCUCACGGACGGUCUUUGACAUUCCCGGCCCCAGUGGGGAGCCUCUGUUUCCACGGUAAUGUUAAUGGAAUAGGUUGAACAUUUAUGUGAAUUAAUUUUUCUGAAGAGCCGCUGUUUCCACGGUAAUAUUAAUGCAGUAUGUUGAGAAAGUGAUGUGAAUGAAUUUGUGGUUUCCCCAAUGAAGAAGAAUGAUGUUUUCCAUGGAAAUGCAGAGUGUAAGUUUGUGGUUUUCCCGUGAAGAAUGAUAACACAGGUGGUGUAUAUUUAUGGUUUUCUGGUGAAGAAUAUUUCCAUGGUAAUGUGUAACUGUGGUUUCCUGGUGAAGAAUUAUGUUUCCAUGGUAAUGCAAUAGCGUAACUGUGUUUUUGAUGAAUAUUGUUUCCAUGGAAAUGCAAUUGUGUCAUUUUAUAAUUUCCUGAUGAAGACAGAUUGGUUGUAUGAAAUAAUAUUUUGAAUAAAUGGGGUAUAAUUAUUAAGUUUAGAAUGUGGAAAAACAUUUGAAAGCUUGCUCAGUGUGAUUUGUAAUAAUAAUUUUUAGUAACUCCUAUAACAAAGUUGUUUUGUGAGAAUGUCUAAAUAAUAAAAUAUAAAUUUACUGUUCACAACUAGCAACAUGUUGAAGGCGGACCACAUCCUAAUAAUGUACAAGAAAAAUGUUGAUUAGGUAAGGAAUAUGUUUAUCAGUUCUUUAUUUUCUGUUAGCCCCUACCGGUCCAAUCAGAGAGGACUAUAGGUUUCAUCUCCAUCAUUCUGUCUGUUUGUCCAUCUGUCCCACAUAUAGUUUUUCUGGGCCCGGUAAAAUAAAGCACUCGUAACUCUAUAGCCUUUUCUCCUAACCUCCCAUGGGCUUAAUGAAUACUGUUUAAUAAUUAUUAUCAAUUUUAGACCAGCCCAUCUAAAUUUGUGCCGAAAUUAUAUUAUAUUAAUUAUUAAUAUAGGUUAGAAAUGUUAAUAUUUCUCUUUAAGGGCGCAGUCAAAAUUUAUUAACCCCAAUUUUUCCUUGUUUUAUACUUUUGGUGUUAAUAUUCAAAAUUUCAAAAUUGACUGUAUUUGAUAGGUUAUCGCUAUCCCGAGUCAGAUCACCUCCGAUCCUAUUGGAGGCCGGACUCGGGGAUAGGCGUGUUCAAAACCCUAGUGGUAUAUGGACAUGUUAAACUAGCUACUAAGCUAAAGCACUCGUAAUACACCAUACAUAAUGUGUGGUGCACGUCUGACGUAAGUGUUACGAAUGCUUUGUGUUACCUGGGCCCUGGACCUUUUUUCAUAAUGCCUCAAUAUAUCGAUCUGAAAUUUGGUAUAUAAUUUAAUCAUAUAGAGUUACAGAUCAAGUUUUACUUUCCUGAGGAUUGGUCCAUUUUUGACAAAGUUAUGGCCCUUGAACUUAGUACAGGGAUGUGAUUUUUCAACUUUUUAUCUGAUUUCAGCUUUUUUUGUGUAAAAUAAUUUUCACUGGAUUUGAUCUGCAUGAAAUGCUAAAUAAAUAUUCCUUUAUAUUGGUAUGGUACAGAGGUUUCAUCUUUUAAUCAGUUCAGCUUUUAUUUUUAAAUGUCUAUCACAUCCCUGUUAGGAGAUGUGAAAAUUUGUUGGACCGGUAGAUAGGGGACACGUACUGUUUUAGCUUAAUAAAAGUGUUGACUAACAUUAACUCUCUUCCCGCUAGAAUUGCUGAUCAUUGUAAAUGACUAAUACAAGAAGACCAAUAUUGUUUCCUCUUUUUUUUUUCCAUUUACAGAAUUAAAAAAAAAGUAAAAAAAAUUUAAAAAUAAAUCUGAUAAAAUCGUGAAUCUUGAUACACUAUCAGUGUUCAACAAAUUGGUAAACGCUGAUUUCCUAUUCAUACACGAUCAUCUGGUAUAAAUUCCUGUUCAUAGCUAAAUUGUUAUUUUAAACCAAGCUACAUUCUUUAGAUCAUUUUGUUUUUGCAGUUGUAACAGAUUGCUCAAAGAAUUUUUCACAUUUUUUCCUUAAAUUAUUUACAAACCAGGGCCCAUAUUUUCGAAAUUAUCUUAGCGCUACGAUGUCGUAAAAUGGUCAUAGGGUAUGAAGUGUCGUUGUGACAUCAUAGCACACGACAGUUUUACGAUGUCAGCACUAAGAUAGCUUCGAAAAUCUCUAGCCAGGCAACAGAUUUUUGAAGCUAUCUUAGCUGUAAAACUGUCGUAGGCUAUGACAUCACUACGACGCAUGUUAUGGCCUCUAAUGUUUUUCUGAUAUCAGGGCCCAUAUUUUCGAAAUUAUUUUAGCACUACGAUGUCGUAAAAUGGUCAUAUGGUAUGAAGUGUUGUUGUGACAUCAUAGCAUACGACAGUUUUACGACGUCAUAGCACUAAGAUAGCUUCAUGGCCUCUAAUGUUUUUACGAUAUCGUAGGUCUAAGAUAGCUUCAAAAAUAUGAGCCCAGCUCAAUAAGUACAAAUUUGCAUGUUUCUAUCAGUUUAUUAUAAUUGUUACUUUGUUGAAUAAAAAAGCAUACUGAUGCAUUGUAGAUUGUUAUGCUAAUUUGAAUUUUUUUUUUUUUUUGAAAGACUGCAAUAAUAUGAUUAUCUCAGGACGUGGUUUUAAUAUUGUGUUAUAAGUUUGUUUGCAGUGUCUUGUUUGCAGAGCAGUGUAUUGUAUCAUUUUGAGAAAUUUCUCUUCAGUGCAUUUAAAAUUCAGCAGAAAUGUAAUAGACCUUUAAACGUAAUUAAGCCCUUUAAUUUAAUUUAAUUUAAUUUAAUUUACUAACAAGUAAAGUAAGUAAUGCAGCUUACGUUAUCUGUUGUUUUGUUAAUAAAUUGAACUAUUCAUUUACUUCCUAUGAUUCAGUCAUUGAGAAACAGGGGAAAACGUGAGAAAUUUACAUAACUUACAUAAAAUUUGUGAAAAUAUUAAAUUCAGAAUUUUCACUCAUAAUUGUAGUAUAUAUAAUUAUAUAGUAUUUAAAGAUCUGUUUUAAGUUUAUUUCUUAAGUCUGUUCCCAAAACUAUGCCAUGAGUGGAAUUUGUUCUACCCCCCCCCCCCCCCUCUCCCCCCCCCCCCAUAAUCACAAAACAACAACAACAAAAAUCAAGAAGAAAACAGCAAAAAUGAAAAAUUUGAUUUUACCUAUAUUUAGAAAAAUAUCUGACACCUUUAAAUGUUGAAGUAUUUUAUUAUUAACUUCCCCUUAGUAUGUCACAUGAGAUCAUUUCUGGUAUAACCUUAUUGAAAUUGGUGUCUGAAAAAAAGUUACGUUUUCCCCUAUUUUGUAAAGAACAUAUAUUUUUUUUUUUAAAACUUAUAUUAUUAAAGAUAAGCUUUUAUUAUCUAAAAACCAGAAAGGUUAUUUUGCACUAUUACACAUGUACUGUAUUUAUAAUUGCAAUUUGUUAUUAUUUUUAAUAAUUUAAUUUGGUUUUAUAUAUAUAUUUUUGUUACCGGUAUUUAAAAAAAAAACGAAUAUGUUUUAAUCAGUCCAUCUAACAUUGUUCACACAUUAGGGUGUCAAAAUUUUCAGAUUCUUAAUUUAUAUUUUAAAGUUGGUGAUUUUAAUGCAAUAAAUAUAUUAUUAUAACAGUGCACUAUUAAUAAUAUAACUUGACAAGUAAAAUGUUUACCGUCUGUUCAUGGCAACAUCUAAGUAAGUAGUUCAAUUUUACCAAUAAUUAGUUGUAUAGUAGUGGCCUGUUCAGAAUUGGUUGCGAUCGAUGUUCAGUUCAGUAUGGUGUAUACUGAAUUGGUUGCGAUCGAUGUUCACUUCAGUAUGGCGUAUACUGAAUUGGUUGCGAUCGAUGUUCAGUUCAGUAUGGUGUAUACUGAAUUGGUUGCUAUCGAUGUUCAGUUCAGUAUGGCAUAUACUAAAUUGGUUGCGAUUUCCAAGUGCUUGCUAACCUGAUGAAACCCUACUGAAAGUGGUUGCUGAAAGUUAAUUUGAUUAAUCUCUAUAACACUGAAUUUUACAUGCUUUUAAAAUUUGUUAUCGGUAUAUAAUUUUUUAAUAAUAAUUUUUAUUUGGACUGUGUUUGUCUAUAUAAUGGACCAUUUUUGUGUGUCUAUAUGUCUGUCCAUCUGUCUGUGUGUUGGUGUAGCUUGCUUGUAUGUAUGUACAUGUAUGUAUGUGGCUUUAAUGUUGCAGAAUCUCAUAUAUUAAUUCUAGUACAUCACAACAUUGGGUUGGUAAAAACAUGAUACAUAUUUUAUUAUUGUUCUUUUGUUAGGCAUUGGUAUAAAAAUGCAAUUAUGUUACUUAAUACGGCUGGACAUUAAAAAUGAUUAGUAAUUUGGAAAAUUUUCAGCUAAAUUCAAGUUUCAGUACUAUAGUCAAACAAGACAUCAUAAAAUUAAGACACCUCAAGGAAUUGUAUUUUUAUAACCAGGGCUCAGCCUGUGUAUGGCCAAAUUAGCCAAUUGCUAAUUUUUGUUCAAAGUGCCUACAACAUUUAGGUUUUGGCUAAUAAAAUAUUCCUUAAAUUAACCAAAUUUUAAUAAUUUUCAAGGAAAUACUCCAUAUAGAUCUAUAUGUACAUAAUCUGAAAAUUGGUCAAACCAAAAUUUGUUACAGUGUGAGCCAUGUUAAUUUUUCAGUUAGCUUUUGGCAAUAUAUAUAUAUUUAAACAACUUAAACAUCACAAACAUUUUGACACAAAGACAAGGACUUUUCUGGGCUUCUAUAAUUUUUAUAUGGGAUCAGUAAUUUAAGAAAUUUACUAGCCACGAUUAAAAAUCCACUAGCCCUAUGUUACUUUAAGUAAAUAAAAUUUUACUAAUUAAUAGUAAUAA